CUAUUCUGGAUGACUGGGAGCCAGCAGAGGCUGCCUGGAGCAGUUGAGUCUUCUUGACCCAGCCCGACUCCUGGAAUCCUCAGAAACGAAAGACCAGAGGAAGACUCUCCAUCUACCAGCUGGACACCUCCUCCCCAUUGCCAGCCCCCACCCUCUGGCUGCUGCUGCCCCGGAAAGGCCUAGAGGAAGAGGCCAAGGAAACAGCCUUGUCCACUCUCCCUUGACCCUGCAUUCACCCAGCACCAGCAUCUGAAGACCCCAUGGCCCGGGCUCGCUGGGGUGGCCACCCCUGGCUUGUCCUCCUCUGUGCUUAUGCCUGGGGCCACCCAAAGUCACUGGACCAGAGAGACGACGUGAGAAACUGUUCCAUCAGCCCUCCGUACCUUCCAGUUACUGCGGUCAAUACCACAGCGCGGCUCACAGCCCUCCGCCAGCAGAUGUACACCCAGAAUCUCUCUGCCUACAUCGUCCCCGACACGGAUGCCCACAUGAGCGAGUACAUUGGUGAAUAUGACCAGAGGCGUGUGUGGAUUACAGGCUUUACAGGGUCUGCAGGAGUCGCAGUGGUGACCAUGGGGAAAGCCUCUCUCUGGACCGACAGCCGCUAUUGGACGCAGGCUGAGCGGCAAAUGGACUGCAACUGGGAGCUUCAUAAGGAAGUUGGCACCACUCCCGUUGUUACCUGGCUCCUCACCGAGAUUCCUGUCGGAGCACGUGUGGGCGUUGACCCCUUCCUCUUCUCCAUCGACUCCUGGGAGAGUUAUGACGUGGCCCUACAAGACUAUGACAGAGAGCUGGUGUCCAUCACUGUCAACCUUGUGGACCUGGUGUGGGGGUCAGAGAGGCCUCCAGUGCCAAAUGAGCCCAUUUAUGCCCUGCAGGAGGCAUUCACAGAGAGAAAAAACAUGACUUGCUUCUCUGGUACUGAAGACUGCUUUGUAUUGAAUCAUUCAGAGCUUGACUUCUGGCCCUCCUGUGAUGAGGAUUUCAGAUGGAGCACCUGGCAGGAGAAAGUAGCUGGCAUCCGUAGCCAGAUGCAGAAGCAUCCUGAGGCCCCAACUGCUGUCCUUCUGUCCGCACUGGAUGAGACAGCCUGGCUCUUCAACCUGCGUGGCAGUGACAUCCCUUAUAAUCCCUUCUUCUAUUCCUACACGCUGCUCACCGACUCCUCCAUCAGGUUAUUUGCAAACAAGAGUCGCUUUAGCUCUGAGACCUUGCAGUACCUGAACUCUGGCUGCACGGGUCCCCUGUGUGUGCAAGUCGAAGACUACGGCCAAGUCCGUGACAGUGUCCAGGCUUACACCUCAGGAGACAUGAAGGUCUGGAUCGGGACCAGCUAUACCUCAUAUGGGCUCUAUGAAGUGAUACCCAAGGCGAAGCUUCUAGCAGACACCUACUCUCCAGUGAUGGUGACCAAGGCGCUGAAAAACAGCAAGGAGCAAACCCUCCUCAGGGCCAGUCAUGUGCGGGAUGCUGUGGCUGUGAUCCGCUACUUGGUCUGGCUGGAGAAGAAUGUGCCCCAAGGCACCGUGGAUGAGUUCUCAGGGGCAGAACAACUGGAGAAGUUCCGAGGAGAGGAAGAUUUCUUCUCCGGAUCCAGUUUUGAAACCAUCUCUGCAAGUGGCCUGAAUGCUGCCCUGGCCCACUAUAGCCCCACCAAAGAGCUGCACCGCAAGCUGUCCUCUGACGAGAUGUACCUGCUGGAUUCUGGGGGACAAUACUGGGACGGGACAACAGACAUCACCAGGACAGUCCACUGGGGUACCCCCUCAGCUUUCCAAAAGGAGGCAUACACCCGUGUGUUGAUAGGAAAUAUCGACCUGUCCAGACUCGUCUUCCCAGCUGCUACCUCAGGGCGAAUGGUGGAGGCCUUUGCCCGAAAAGCCUUGUGGGAUGUUGGGCUCAAUUAUGGUCACGGGACAGGCCACGGCAUUGGCAACUUCCUAUGUGUGCAUGAAUGGCCAGUCGGAUUCCAGUCCAACAACAUUGCCAUGGCCAAGGGCAUGUUCACUUCCAUUGAACCUGGCUACUAUCUGGAUGGAGAAUUUGGGAUCCGUCUGGAAGAUGUGGCCCUUGUGGUAGAAGCAAAGACCAAGUACCCAGGGACCUACCUGACCUUUGAAGUUGUAUCCUUGGUACCCUACGACCGGAACCUCAUUGAUGUCAGCCUGCUGUCCCCUGAGCAGCUCCAGUACCUGAACCGCUACUACCAAAUCAUCCGUGAGAAGGUGGGCCCGGAGCUGCAGCGGCGCCAGCUUCAGGAGGAGUUCUCGUGGCUACAGCGGCACACAGAGCCCCUGACCGCCAGGGCGGCGUCCACCGCCUCCUUGGCCCCUCUGGUGACUGUCUCUGUUCUCACUAUCCUAGGCUGGAGUGUCUAGUGUCUGAGACUCCCUGCCUGACCCUCUCACUCAACUCCCCUCACCCCACAACACCCAUGCCCCAAGAGCCCCCGCUGACCCAUUGCCUGGAAACCACUGCCCUCAGCCUCCUUCUCCAGAACCAAGCCCUAGGGGUGUGCGGCUUCUUGGUCACUGUCAGCACCUCCCCCCAGCCCCUCUCUGCCCUAUACUCCCACCCUCAGGCUGGGACAUUUCACCCUCAGCUCCCAACCCCUAGCCCCUGGAUACAAGAGCCAGGUGGUCCCCUUUCCUCCUAUGAGUCCAGCAGACCAGCCACUGACUUGGCAGAGCCUGUUACCCACCUUUUUCCCAGCUUCAAAAGAUCAAUACAAGACAGCACCCUACCUCCCAGGAGCUCCAAGGCCCUGUGAGAGCCCCACUCUGUCACACCUGCUGGAUACAGCCUGACCUACACUGGCUCCUGACUUGUCGGUAUUCCCGCACCCUUGAGGCCGCCACUGGCCUCCCGCCCUGGCCCUGACCCUACAGUGGCCUCCUGGCUGCAGUCCACAGGCUGAAGGAACAAUUGCUGCCUCCAGGCUGCUGCGCCCCUGGAGGGAGAGGAAGGGAUGGCGGCUGAGUCCUUUGGCUGUGUUACUGCCACUCUGGGGUCAGACAGACCAGCCCCCCUACCCACCCAUGUGUAAACACAUCACUCCUAAACCCUGGGUGGGCUCCAUGCCUACUGACAGCAUACGGAGUUAAGCCAUAGGAAUCUACCCAGGGGCUAGGAGGGGACUCUGGAAUGUGGCCCUACUCGAAGUUGGUAACAACCUGAGCAACUCUACCCAAUCACUACCCCGGACUUCCCAGCAUGUGGGUCACCCAGUGAGCUUUCCAAAGCACAGCCACUGGGACCAUGCUGAAAAAUCCUCCAGCAUCCUUGGAUGGUCAUUAGCCUGUGUAAGUGAAAUCUGGUCUCCCCAUUUUACAGAUAGAACUGAGUUCCAGAUGGGGUAAGACCUGCCCAAGGACACACUGUGUUUGGUGGGAAUAUGGUGGGACCAGAAUGGGUCAGCAGUCCGAUCUUUUGCCCCUUGGUACCAUGCAGAAUGCCAUAGCCUACCUGCUAGCCCUUUCCAGGUUCGCCGAACCAGCGGCUGGGGCAGGGGGGAUGAUAGGGAAGGGCUGUCCCUGGCCAAACGAACCGUUAGCCACCUGGGCUCACAUCCUGCUAAAGGCUUGAAACAGCCCGGCAAUGAAUCCUGCCUCUGGGUUUUGCAUUGUCUGCUGUGCAGCCAGGGACUGCUGUUACCUGUGGCUUUUGUGGUGGGGGAGGAAGGGGAGGAGGUGAGGUGGGGGCGGGGAUGUGAGGCUCCCAGAAGCUCGGUUGGGGACCACAUGUGCUUGAGAAGAUGCAAGUGAGCAUGCGUGCGUGUACGUGGAUUCGCAUGCAUGCCACGCCCAGCCAACCACCUCCUGUGGUAAAGGUUGUAGCUUUGUUGACAGAACCAGGGAAGCCCCAUGCUGGGGGACUUGUCAAAGGUGGUCCUGGAAAUUUGGGGCCAGUGCCAAGGGAGCACAGUCAGGGGAGGAGAAAAGGAGAACUCUGGGGCAGAGUGCUGAGCAAGGGCACCCGGCUGAGGAGUCCCCCGGGUGGGACCACCAAGCCUAGCUUGCCAAGUGUGAGGGUGACCUGUGACAGUUAUCACCACCAGUGCUUGCACCCAAAGGCCCCAGCUCUGAGCCAUCCUCACUGACAGCCUGUAGCACCCCAUGGUGGGCCCCUGUUUUCUGAGUCAUUUGCUCCCUCACAAGCUCACCCCACAAAGACAGGUAGUCAUAAUAAAAUGAGUCGCCAUCAUGGUCAUCAAACCUACCAUCCACUGAGUGUUUACCAUGUUUUUUACAUUUUUUCAAUUUUAUUGUGCUAAGAACAUUAAAAGUGAGAUCUACUCUUAAA